CAUAUGAAUAGAGUGGUAUGUAUCUAAAUGACGUUUGAUCUCCGUCGGGCUUCUUCCUCUCCCGAAGUCCAUGGCGGCGGGUCGCUUCUCCUCCUUCUUCAGCCGAGCCGCCUCCGUUCCAUGGAGCAGCAUCGCCGGAGAAGCCUUUGAUCGCGUCGUACUCGUCGCCAAGACCGUUUGCUUCGUCCAUGUCAUCAAUAACUACGUCUGCAGCAUCGCUCUGGUUCGAGGUCCGAGCAUGCUGCCGAACAUUAACAUGACAGGAGAUAUAGUGGCGGUGGAGCGGUUUAGCCCUCGUUGGAACCUGAUCGACGUUGGUGACGUCGUGCUUCUCCGAUCGCCGGAGAACCCAAUGAAGACCGUCACGAAGAGGGUGCUCGGUCUUGAGGGCGAUACCGUCACUUUUCUGGUCGAUCCCAGCAAUGGGUUCGCGUCUAAGACUGUUUUGGUGCCGAAGGGACAUGUUUGGGUGCAGGGGGAUAACAUUUAUGAAUCUAGGGAUUCAAGACAAUUCGGGCCGGUACCUUAUGGAUUGAUACAUGGGAGGGCAUUUUGUAGGGUUUGGCCGCCUGAAAGUUUCGGCUCUAUUGGGCAAAAGAUGUAAAUUUUGUCGAGGCGCGCAUGAAGAUUAUGCUUCUAUGGUAAUUUUCUGCUUCUUUGCAGGGUGGCUGUUUAUUAAAUUCAACCAAUCCAUGUAAUCUACGUAUGCUUUUUCUGUAAUGUAUGAUUCACUCAUGAUUCAUCUCUAUGAAUUAAUGUUUCAUCAAUUCUUCAUUGUGCAAAAACUAAAUUUUAUUGGGUGAAAUAUGAUAA